CCAGAAAACCAGUGAACUGUUUGCCAUGAUAAGACAGCUGGGCACUCCCACCUUCUUUUGCACGUUUUCAGCUGCUGAGAUGCGAUGGCCUGAAGUGAUUGAAGCAAUCAAGAGACAACAAGAUACAUCACAGCUCAGCUCCCUGACCCUCACACUCAACCCGACCUGUACAAGAAAGUCAGUGAAGUCCAGAAACACAGUCGUACACACACCAAGACGUGUUUCAAAAGUGUUGGCUCUGGGUGCCGUUUCGGGUUUCCCAAACCUCCCUGCAGAAACGUAAUGAUCACGAGACCUGAUGGUGGUAAACAUACUGCAACUGCAAAGACUAAGCUGAGACCUCUGAACAGACUCCUGAAUGAACCUGAAGCAGCUUCCAUGAGUUUAGAUCAGCUUCUGGCUCAGUGUGAUUUAACCGUGGCUGAAUAUGAGUUUUACCUGAAUGAACUGAACAAAUCCAGCGCAGUCCUGUUGAAGCGAGAUCCAAAGGAUUGCUGGAUCAAUGCCUACAAUCCACACCUGCUCACAGCCUGGGAUGCUAACAUUGACGUGUCCUACAUCCUGAAUGCUUAUGGCUGUAUUCAUUAUCUGACCAAGUACAUCACCAAGAAGGAAGCUGGACUCUCAGAGUACCUGAAAACAGUGAUCAAUAACUCCAACAGCAGCAACGUGAAUGACAGUGAGGAGAUGAAGGCAGUCAUGCAGGCCUACUCCAAGAAACGAGAAAUCAGUGCACAAGAAUGUGUUGCCAGAGCAUGUGGACUGAAGAUGAAGAAGUGUUCCCGAGCUGUAGUUUUCAUACCAACAGAUGAGAACCCUCUGAGAAUGAGUCGCCCUCUGUCUUUCCUUGAGAACACCACUGAUGAAUGUACAAACAUCUGGAUGACAUCUUUGGCAGAUAAGUAUAAGAACAGACCAGAAACAGCAGAGUUUGAGGAAAUGUGCAUGGCUGAUUUUGCUGCCACCUGCAGGUUUGUCCGUGAGAACAAAGGAACAGAUGUGUUUCCACUGCUGAAUGACAUGGGCUUUGUACAGAGGAGAAAGAAUGAUAAGCCAGCUGUGAUCAGAUAUUACCGCUGCUCAGAGGAAAGAGAUUCUGAGAACUUCCAUGGCAGAUUACUGAAGCUGUACCUUCCACACAGAUCAGAUGAGGAACUGAAGAGACCAGGCUUUCCAACCUACCAGAGCUUUUACAGAGCCGGCUGGGUUCAGCUGCCAGGCUGGAACCACGGCCGGUCGGUGGAAGUGAUCGUCAAACAGAACAGAGAAAAAUAUGAGAAAAACAGUGAAGAGAUUGAGAAAGCUGUUGAAGAGUUUCAAGAGAAUCAAGGUGUGAUGGAUGAGUGGUGUAACCUUGCUCCUCAGUCUGAAGUUGUGAGACUGGACUACAAUGAUAAUGCAGAACAACCAGAUCCUGAUGAUCCUGAGCAGGAAAAUGUCCCUGAGUACAGCCGUCAAGCUGAUGCAGUCAGUGAAGCCAGAGUGACCAGAGAGCCUCCUGUGAUCGAUCCAGCUGUGUUAAGACACAUGUAUCAGAGUCUCAACCUAAAGCAGGCUAGUUUCUUUUACACUGUGAGAGAAUGGUGCAUUCGCAGAGUCUGUGGCCUUCGUCCAGAGCAGUUCUUCUAUUACAUUAAUGGAGGCCGUUGUUUGUCUACGUUGAUGCUCGACUAA